UGGUGUGCGCACCCCAAAACGCCACCAACCAACCAACCAACCAACAACGAGCUGGCGGUGCAUGCAGCGACCUGGACCCUUGGACCGGUGCCAACGAUGCCUGCGAGUGCUGUUGCUGCUGGCGGUGGUCGCACCCGCAGAUCUGCGUCUACGGCAGCAUCACCAUCAGCAACAGCAGCAGGAUUAACUGUUUCGUCGUCCCGACAUCGGCAGGCAGCGUCCACUGUCAGCAGCACACACCGACGACACGGCCCACACAACUCAGGCAACCAUCGCACCGUGGCGCCGAGUUCACGCUACCAGCAUGGCCAGCACACCCAACGCACCCGCCCAGCCCUUUCCGGCCGCUCUCCCAUGAACGACGACGGUGGCACGGCCACCGAUGUUGCCGAUGCCUCGCGCUUGGAUACCGAUGAUGAGGAUGAAGAGGAAGGUGCAGGCAGCGGCAGUGACGCCGCCACAGGUGAUCUCCUGUCUCGGUUGGAGAGACAAGCCAUCAGUGGCGACGACGACGACGACAGCAACGGCAACGGCGAUGCUUCUGACCAUGAAUAUUAUGCUGGCGAUGAUGGCGAUGGCCUUGACGAGGGCAAAGACGUUGUUGAUGACGACAUGAACACAUCAUACUCGGACCACUGGACGCAGCGGUCACCCAUGUGGACCCCUCGCGCCACCGCGAGAAGACGCACCGCAAACACAGCACACAAGCCAACAAGCAAGAAUGCGGAUAGACCAAGGCAUGCCGUGACCCCGACAACAAGUGGUGGCCGUUCCAGCACCACCCAGAUCGACGGCAAGAGCGAAGAUAGCAGAAGCAACAGCAGCAGCAGGAACAGCAGCAGGAACAGCAGCAGGAACAGCAGCAGGAACAAAGCCUCGGCGAGCGGAAGCUCCAGUGGGCGCGGGUCGGCCGUAUCGCUUCAGUCAAGGCCGGCCUCCGCCGCCUUCUCUGCGGCCAAAACGCAAGACCCCGGGCGAAUCAAUCGUCGACAGAAGCAGAAGCUGCAAUCGCCGUCUGCCUCGUCAUCGGCGCGUGUGCGUGGCCCAAAGUCGCGGACAUCGUCGUCGUCCUCAUCCAGUCGCGACGCGAGCGGUCGUGCCACCCCCGCGAUGACAGCGCCUGCUCCAUCAGCAACGGCAAUGCCAGCGUCACUGCGGUCGCAAAGUACAUUGGCAAACAACGGCAGAGCUCAGAGGGUGGAGCAGAAGCAAGUGAGGUCCGGUGCUGCGUCCAAGGGCAGCACCAGGACCUCCACCACCAAGCGCCGCAGCAAUCACAACAGCAGUGGCCGCCGCAACAGGCAGCUGUCCAAUGAUGGCCACGGGCAUAGGGAUGGUGGUGGUGGUGGUGUUGACAGUAGCGAUGCAUCCGAAGAAGGAGAAGAGUAUGAAGGCGAGGAAAGCCAUGACGACGACGAUGAUGACGAUGGCGACGAUGACGAUGAUGAUGAUGAUACAGCAGAGCUGGGUGGAUAUGUGCACACGAAAGGAGCGCCAAUCGUGGUGAAAAUAUCGGGGAGGCGGCGGCCUGUGCUGCGAUUCCACCCGGUGACGGCCCUGGACAUUGUCGGACACGACGCGGUGGAGGUGUCGGGGUGUAUGCUUGCAUUCAAGCUGGUCAAGGCGCGCACACGGCUCAUCCGCGCCACGCUCACGCAGCACGGGUUUGUUGAGGUGCCGGAGACGAGCGUGGACUUCAACCUCAUGUGGUCGUCCACACACAUGCAGCCGCACCAGCUCAAGCUGCUGAACCCGCACCAGAAGGUGAACCACUUCCCCCGCUCGUACGAGCUGACACGCAAGGACCGGCUGCACGUGAACAUCCAGCGCAUGCAGCAGGUCAAGGGCCGCCGCCACUUCCAGUUCCUCCCGCGCACGUACCUGUUGCCUGCCGAGCACGACGAGUUCUAUGCAGACUGGGCACGCGAGCGCGGAUCGUGGAUUGCAAAGCCGGCAGCGAGCUCCCAGGGUAAAGGCAUCUUCCUCAUCAACCACCCGAAGCAGCUGCCCGUCGACACAACGCUCGUGCUCUCGCAGUACAUUGACAACCCCCUGCUGGUGGACGGGUUCAAGUUUGACCUUCGCGUGUAUGUGGCGGUGACGAGCUACGAUCCCCUGCGCAUUUAUCUCUACGAGGACGGCCUGGCCAGGUUUGCCACGACCAAGUAUGACGCAAGCAAGCCCAACCUCUUCAACACCUACAUGCACCUCACCAACUACAGCCUGAACAAGCACAGCGACAACUACGUCGUGUGCGAUGAGGAGGAUGUUGAGGACUACGGCAACAAGUGGAGCCUGAGUGCGCUGCUGCGACACCUCGCCCGCGCUGACAUUGACGUGCACGUGCUCAUGGCUCGCAUCGAGGAGCUCAUCAUCAAAACAGUCAUUGCCGGCGAGCUGCCCAUCGCUGCGGCCGUCCGGUCCUUUGUUCCGCACCCGCACAACUGCUUUGAGCUGUAUGGGUUUGACAUUCUCGUGGACGGCGACUUGAAACCCUGGCUGCUGGAGGUGAACCUGUCCCCCUCGCUUGGCUGCGACGCUCCACUUGACCUCAAGCUCAAAACGCAUUUGAUUGCUGAUUUCCUCAGUUUGGGCCAGGUGGCCCUGUUUGACCCGGCCGUCUUUCGUGACGAAAUGCGGCGGCGCAGGAUUGGCGCAUACAAGCCACGCAAGAUGAAGGUGCCCAAGAGCAUGCCCGUGCUCAACAUCUCCUGGCCUGAUCUUCGCGGCUAUUCCCCAGACAAGCGAACCAUCAUCAGGCGAACGAUUGAAGAAGAGGUGACGGUUCAAUUCAACGGAUUUUCCCGCAUUUUCCCGAGCGAAGCGUCAUGGCAGCAAUACGGAUUCCUUCUUGAAGACAGUAGCGGCAACAACCUCAUGCUCUCGCAGUUUCUGUAUCCGCAGAGCCACCGUACGCCCGCGCGUCGGGCGGUUGUGUCGCGCCACGGGCGAACAGCACCGGAACCGCUGGUGACGGCGGAGCUGCGGCAGCGCUGCAAGAAGUACAUGCGCAUGCUUGCCAACCGCAACAGAAGCACAACGAGGCGGCAUGGUGGGAAGAAGAAGAAGAAGAAAACGCAGAACAGGACCAAGGCGACGGCCCAGGACCGCAGAUCAAGCGCCAGGGGCGACGAUGACGAUGAGGAACAAGACAUGGUGGAGUGUGAGGUCACUGCUCCAAAGUCGCUGCGGCGCCCACAGGCGGGACGGAGUGAUGCCGGUCGCCGGCGCACUCAUGCUGAUGAGCAAACGCGCACGCGUGGCGCCGGAAGUGGGGAGGAGAGGAAUGAGGCCACGUCCACCAAGGGCGCAGCACGAAGUACACGUACAGACGGCGAUGGUGGCGAUGAUGCAAGCCGAGGCCGUAGUGAUGCAAGCACAUCCUCGAGACAUCGAAACCCAUUUCGGUCGUCUUCAUCCUCUUCCCGCCACAAACGCAGUCCCUCCCCAACACUCGAGUACCAGCACGAGCUCACGCCACUGCAGGCCCGCGACGCAUUUGCAGAAUAUUUGAAACGCAUGCGCGACCGCAUUCUUGGUGAAAGCAGGACGGCUGAGUCCUCCUCGCGAGACCGAAAGCAGCGGCUGCAGCAAGUGGACCUUGUGGCAGCGUUCUUGCAACGCGCUGUGAAACAUUUGCCCGUUGGCACGUUUCGCCUGCGCCCCUUUGAUCCUGAGAUGGCCCUUCGUGAUAGACAACGCUCGCUUGUGAGCAAGCUUACGGAGUUUAUUGAGCUGUACACGCUUGAGACACGACGGCUGCGCGUGAUGUCGGACGACGCCAAUUCUGGGCCGCUUCUCUCCUCUUCCCCACAAGUCAGCACACCAUCUUCCGACUUUCAGCUCUUUCUUCAGCUCGCAAGGGAGGAGGAGCUGGAGCGGGUGUUGACGCGUUAUUCGAGCAUCACGCAGGACCCAGGCCUGUUCCUUGGCAGCAUGCGCGCAACACACAACGAAGGCCACGAUCACCACCACCACCACUCCCAUCGCAACCAUCGGCACCGCAGCAAGAACAACGACAACAACGACAACAGCACCUCCAGUCGAGGUCGCAGACACACAACCAACACCAACAGCGACACCAGCAGCGGCACGGGACGGCGUGGUCGGCCGCGUGGUUCGUCAUCAUCACCGAUGCGCACCAGCAGCUGCCGUUGGGUGUCGUCUUCCCCAUCAUCGGCAGCAACAAUGACAUCGGCCGUGGCGACACACACCUCCUCCACCCGCCGCCACCACCACCACCACCACCACCAUCAUCGUUCACAGCACCACCGCCCGCGUCAUGCGUCAGCAAGCGGCCUCAGCACCACCUCUGUCGCCUCGGCUGCAAGAUCGUCGCUGUCGUCCAUCGCGCAGUCGCCACGGCACGGCGCGCUUCCAGCAUCGUCCUUAUCCGUGACAGCAGCAACGACCACAGGUCCAUCUCGGAACAGCAUCUACUCCUCUGCCCCACACAGCAUCGCACACACCUCAAGGCACAUGUUUUGACUGUGUGGUGUGUGUGUGUGUCAUGUGGUAUGUGUCUAUGUGUGUAUGUGUGUGUGCGUGAUUGGGUGAUUGCGUGGAACGCUAGUUUGUGCUGGGAGUAACAUACGAUUUCACUCUUCUUUUUUCCCUGACUCCUGUCUUUUUUUUUUUUUUUUCCGUGUGCAGUGCACGUUCUCCGACUGCGUGCUGUUACACUUCUCAGUUCCAGGCGUGUGUGUGUGAGCGAACACAUGUGUGAGUUACUUGUAGGAUAGCCUAUCGUGCACACCUCCAGACACCGUGUGUUAUCUUUCGCGCAUUUAAAUGGAAAGGGCCAGACAGGCCAG